UCCCUCCUCUCAAAACCUCAAACCCCUCCAAAAACCACAAUGUCAUCAUCAUCAUCAGUAUCACCCUCCAUGGAAUCACUAAUCCUCAAACUCCACGAGAUCGGCGCCGUGAAAUUCGGCUCCUUCAAACUCAAAUCCGGAAUCCUCUCCCCAGUCUACAUCGACCUCCGCCUCAUCGUCUCCCACCCUUCCCUCCUCACCCUAAUCUCCCAAACCCUAAUCUCCUCCCUCCCUCCCUCCACCCACUACGACCUCGUCUGCGGCGUCCCUUACACCGCCCUCCCCAUCGCCACCGUCGUCUCCGUCACCAACUCAGUCCCCAUGCUCAUGCGCCGCAAGGAGAUCAAAGACUACGGCACCUCCAAGGCCAUCGAAGGAGUCUUCGAGAAGGAUCAGACUUGCCUCGUGAUAGAGGAUUUGGUGACGAGCGGAGGGUCGGUGCUGGAGACGGCGGGGCCUUUGAGAGGGGUUGGGCUUAGGGUUAGUGAUGCGGUGGUGUUGAUUGAUAGGGAGCAGGGUGGGAGGGAGAAUUUGGAGGAGAAUGGGAUUAGGUUGCAUUCCAUGAUUAGGUUGACUGAUAUGGUUAGGGUUUUGAAGGAGAAGGGGAAGGUUGAAGAGGAGGUGGAAGUUAACUUACUCAAGUUUCUUGAAGAGAAUCGUAGGGUUAGGGUUCCUAGUAGUGUGGAGAAAGUUAAGGCUUUAGGGUUUGAGGAGAGGUUGGGGAUGUGUAAGAAUGUGAUGGGGAAGAAGUUGUUUGAGGUUAUGAUGGAGAAAAGAACUAAUCUUUGUUUAGCUGCUGAUGUUGGUACUGCUUCUGAGUUGCUUGACAUUGCUGAUAAGGUGGGACCAGAGAUAUGUAUGUUAAAGACUCAUGUUGAUAUUCUACCUGAUUUCACAUCUGACUUUGGAUCUAAACUCCGUGCGAUAGCAGACAAGCACAAUUUUCUCAUAUUUGAGGAUCGCAAGUUUGCAGACAUUGGUAACACGGUCACAAUGCAGUAUGAAGGAGGUGUGUUUAAGAUAUUAGAGUGGGCUGAUAUUAUAAACGCUCACAUAAUAUCAGGGCCAGGAAUCGUGGAUGGCCUCAAGUUGAAGGGUUUGCCUCGUGGUAAGGGUCUUCUUUUGCUAGCUGAGAUGAGCUCUGCUGGUAACCUAGCCACAGGAGACUACACUGCAGCAGCAGUGAAAAUCGCCGAGACUCACUCAGAUUUCGUGAUGGGGUUCAUCUCGGUCAAUCCAGCGUCUUGGAAAUGCGGAAAUGUGAAUCCGUCUAUGAUCCAUGCAACUCCUGGUGUUCAAAUGGUGAAAGGUGGUGAUGCACUUGGUCAACAGUAUAACACUCCACGCUCUGUGAUUACUGAGAGGGGAAGUGACAUUAUAAUCGUGGGAAGGGGAAUCAUAAAGGCGGAGAACCCAGCAAAGACGGCUCAGGAGUAUCGAGAUGAAGGCUGGAAAGCAUACUUGGAGAAAUGCUCUCAGUAGUAGUAGGUUCAAGUCUGUGAGGUGGUUGAGUUUGUUGUGUUCUGAUACUGAGUUUUGUGUGAUUUAUGUGAGGUUUUAGACCCAUGUCUCGUUUGCCUUUAUCACUUGGAUCUCAAAUCUCAAAUAAGUGAAAGCGUGGAGAGCUAUUCUCAUAUGUAUUUGCUUUGAAAAUCUGUCAUAAUUUAAAAAAAACGUUACUGGUUAACAAGAAAUCGCCUAUGGCAAUUCCAA